AUGUCGUUUUGGCCUUUUGGACAGAAUUUGAAUAAUUCAAACGUCAAUAAGAUCCUGGAUGAGUAUUUCAGCGUGUUGCGUAGUCUGGAGAAGUCGAAUCCUGCGGUUGCGGCGUCCGUGCAGCGGAACUUCAGCAGCAACAGCGAAGACGCGGGCAGUCGUGGAGCUGAUGAGAUCUCGAGCGUUGAUCUGAAUGAGAGCAAUGCGGGGGCAUCUCGCUCGGGGAGCGACUCUGGCUCUUCCUCACUUUCGUCAAGGACAGACCUGCACGACGGCGACAUUGCCUCGGCUGGCACAACCAUGAUCGUCACAAUUCAGAGCUUAAACAGCUCUUACAUCGAAAGAUUGCUGGAGGAGCCAGAAUUGUUGAACGAGCUGAGUAGGCAGAACAGUAACCUGCUGGAUUUUAUCUGCUUUGGGUUUUUUUAUGAUUCAAAGAGCAACUUCAAGGUGCAGCACCUGGACUACUUGAUCGACGAGAUGCUCGAUUGCAUGGACAAAGUUUCCGAGGAAGUGCUGGGAGAGAGUAAACAGACAGCAUUCAAAGCUGACCGUGUGCAAGGGGAGGGCGAGAUUGGUAAUACCGAUGACCACUCUGCCGAGAAUUCAGGUAAUAUGAAUAGCGAGCAGAAGUUCCUCAGUAGGGCCAACUUGAUCUCAGAGAUCUUCUCUCUGGAUAUCUGGCUCAUGACCGAAUCAUUAAUCAAGGACGACACAAAUUUAUCUAAGAUAUGGUGCAUUUUGAAGCAUCCCAACCUGAGGAGUGAGAAUUCAUCUUUGGUACCGAUUUUCCUGAAGAUUAAUCAGAAUCUUCUGAACAGUCGAAAGGAUCAAUACCUGAAUUUUAUACGCUCAAAAAGCGAUUUAGUUGACGACAUGUUGAAGCAUGUGGACAUCUCUACAUUAAUGGACUUUUUACUGAAAUGCAUAGCCACAGAUAAGGUUGAGGCCCCUACCGGUAUAAUUGAGCUGGUCGAAGAUCAGCGACUGAUACCCAAAUGUCUGGAGUUUCUUGAGGAUCCGAAAUACGGCCCUGACGUACAGGCAUGCGCAGGCGACUUUUUAAAAGCACUGAUUGCAAUCUCAGCUAACGCCCCGUUAGAUGAUAUGUCCAUUGGUCCAAAUUGCUUGACAAGGCAAUUGGCUUCUUUGGACAGCAUUAAAAAGUUUGUUGACAUCAUAGUGAAGAGACGGGGAUCAGCUCUAAACAUAACGGUAUCGAUUGUCAUUGAGCUUAUCAGGAAGAACAAUUCUGAUUAUGAUCAAGUAAACCUACUGACUACAACUUUAGAAGCAAAUCCGCCAUCAAAUCGUGAUCCAAUUUACCUUGGCUAUAUGUUACGACAUUUUGCUGAAAGUUUACCCAGCUUGUUCCAAAUAAUUCUCGAUGCUGAAAAGGAUACGAAUAAGUCUCUGUUAGAGAACCAGCUGCGUGAGAAAUAUCAACCUUUAGGGUUCGAGCGAUUUAAGAUCGUUGAGCUAAUUGCUGAGCUAUUGCAUUGUUCAAAUAUGGGUCUCAUGAACUCAAAAAGAGCAGUGCGGAUAGCCUGUGAGCGUGAUAAUGCGAGAGCUCAACUGGAGGUUCGAUUACAGGAUGCGUUAGAGGACUUAAGGAUCGAGGACAGAACCAAUGGCGACCACACAGAGCAAACAGACCACGACAAUAAAGAGGAUGGACAGCGUACCAGAACUGAUGGUCAGGACAAUGACAACGGACAUGAUAAAAAUAAUUACGAUAAUGAAGUUAACGAAAAUGCAUUAGUGCCAGAGUAUGGCGAAGCUGAAAAUCAGCUCUCUUCUGACCCAGCUGCCAACACCCAGGCGGAGUGUGACGAUGAAGAAAUAGACGAGAGCUUUGAAAUUCCAUAUGUUAAUGAAAAUCAGAAUUCGAAACUAAGGAAAAAUCCUACGAUUGGUGAUCUUUUCAAGAUUAAACUAUAUGACACUCAAGUAUUGCCAAAAAUCAUAGAAUUAUUCCUUUCACAUCCUUGGAAUAAUUUUUGGCACAAUGUUAUUUUUGAUAUUAUUCAACAGAUUUUCAACGGAAGAAUGGAUUUUUCUUAUAACUCGUUUCUCGUCUACUCCCUGUUCAACUUAAGCGGCUCCAGAAAGUUCAUGCCUGAGGAAAUAGCGGAGCUGGCAGAAAUAAAGGAUUUCAGCCUCACGAAGGAUUUUAUUCUGCAGGGCUAUCAGAAUUCAUACAUGUUUUACGAAAGAAAGCACACGAAUUUGGGCUAUAUGGGACAUCUGGUGCUCAUUGCAGAAGAGGUGGUAAAGUUCUCAAAGCUGUACAAGGUGGAGCUUAUCUCUCCUGAAAUAUAUGAAACACUGAGUGACCAAUCUUGGCGCUUCUACGCCGAAGAUGUCUUGAACGAUACAAGAUUAAUGUAUUCCAAGAUACUGGGUGGAGGUAACUAUGUUGAUGAUGGCAACGGCAAUAUAAUACCGCAUCUACCGCAGUCGUCCGCACAAACGGGCGAACCGCUAGGCGGAGAUGAGAGCGAAAGCGCGAUGAAGGCUGGUGGACUUAUCAAUGUAGAGUCUCUAGAAGAGCAACUCGGCCUCGCGACUGAGUCGGACCUACACGACAAGCUGAGAGAUCUUCUCGUCGCCAAUUCGCAGAGUGAAGUAGACAAGAAGAACAAGGCGAAUGGCGUGAUAAUACUUGGGCCUCCGGCCCAGUCAUAA